ACAGGGAAGACGACUGCUAAAACUACCUGCCUCACGAUGUGAAGUUUCCUGCUGCCAAGUAGGGUAAUAGGCUCCGGAGGAUUACGGUUUCCUGAAAUUGACCUCGGCUACGAUGCACACCCUGCUUCUGAGCCUGGGCCAACAUCAGCAGGCUAGCGGCACCGUCAAUCAAAACCGUUCAAACAGGCGAGGAAUACUGCAUGACACCGUCGCAGCCCACCGCUGAAGUUAUUCUGUUGGUUAUAAAAAGAGCCGUUUACAUGCAGCGUUGGUCUGGUGGUUGCAUGAGAUGAAAAUGUAUGAAAAUUACCACCCACUGGGGUCUCGACUUAGUUCUUCGUAUAGGGCUGUUGGCAUGGCACAUCUGGAGCCUGCGCAAGCCCGUGGUUAUUAUUGGGACGGGGUAGGACUGUUCAUCACCGUCCUGUGUGUAUCGGGGCUGAGAAAGUCAACCCUUCUCUUUCCCACCAUUCUCUUUCCCAUCAGUCUCUUUCUCACCAGUCUGUUCCAUAUUACUCUGUAAUACCCAUUUACUGCAAAAAAAAAAAAAAAAAAAAAAA